AAUUCAUUUCAUAAUCAUACACCUCUCUACAUUUGUUACUACUUUCUUCUAACUUGUUUUCAAAGAGAAAUCACAAUCUAUCUGUUCCAAGAUGAGUCAAUACAGCCAAAACCAAUCUUCAGGAGCUUAUCCUACGCCGCCAGUGUCUACCGGCCCUUACGUGGCACCGCCACCGCUAGGUUACCCAACGAACGACACAAGUCAUGCCACGGUGGCAACGGUGGAGACAAAGUCCAAGGGUGAUGGAUUCUUAAAAGGCUGGUUAGUCUUCUUUUUCUAGUAUAAACCAGGCAUGCACGUUUGGUUAACUAUCAAACCGGUUCGGUUAUCGUGUGUUGCAUUGAUUAAUUUGUUUUCUUUCAUUUUUUGAAUGCAGUCUUGCGGCCAUGUGUUGUUGUUGUGUCCUCGACGCAUGCUUCUGAAGACUUAGAUGGUUUAUUUUGAUUAUCUUUGUAUUUUGCUUUACCAAAAUGAUUCGACUAGGUUUAUGACAUUUGGUACUUCUAUUUGUUAAUUCAUUUCUAUAUCACUCUUUCUUUUGCAUUGUGUAAUUUUAUAAAUUCUUAAUAUAUCGUUUGUUUUCUCUUAGACAUCUUCUAAACCACGCUAGAUUCACAUUUUUGACUUUAUUACCGGUUAGUCAACGUGGACUUAAAAUCAAUUUAAUAACACUAUAUAAGCCAAAGUUAUAAACAAUU